UCCACCAUUCACCAUCGUCUUCUUCAAUUCAUCUUGAUGAACAUUUGCAAAAAUUUGCUGAGUUACUCUCCACACCAUCAGAGUACCAUGAUCAUGUCCUUCACUACAUGUCUGAAUAUGUUUCGCGUCAUGUCAUCAGAAGCUGCAAGUGCACCCAGUGUUCCCUUGCACUCCAUCGAAAUGCCCCCAAUUCUUUGCAUCUGACUGGUAUUGGCUCCUUCACUGAGAGGAAAGACAGAGGGGGCUUAGUCAAGCCAAGGACAGAUGUAUAUGAAAUCAUCAAGUGUACAGAUAAAAUUCUGAGUUUGUUUAUGCGUUCACAUUUUUCUCUCUUUAUCAGGAAAAAUAGAAACACAUUGUGCGCCAACUCCAACCCAAUGAAAGUGUCUAAAGAUGUCCUACACGGCAUUCAACAAAAUGUAAUCGAAUCAGUAAGGCAUAAGGUGUUUAGGGACUUGGAGCAACAUUUUUAUGAUCAAUAUUUAGAAGAUGAAGAUGACCAUUGUGUACAGCUCAUUAAGCAUAUCAGUUCGUUGUACAUUAAGACUAUUACCCAUCAUCACGGCAGGCUGUUCACUCGUCGUUAUGUUAAUAACAAUCAGCCAUCAAGAAGACAUAAAUUAACUAAGACAAUUGUGUUCCUAGGUCAGUAAGUUUGCGGAAACUCACUAUAUUCUAGGCUGGGGCAGCUGCUUUUUUUGCUGUCAAUCGUAAUGGUAAGCAAUGUGUCUGAUGUGACAAGACUACAAACGGAGAGCUGCAAAGCAGCCCAGUUCGUACCAUCCGAUCUUGCAUUUU